AUGUCCACUCUCGGCGAUGAAAAAGCGGUUGACACCAUCGAUGUGAUUGACAAAGUACCCAUCGGCGUCCACUGUCGUGCUCGUGAUGAUUUGGAGAGGAGAUUACUAAGGAAGCUUGAUUUGCGCAUGUCCGUGUUGCUGAUUUUACAAACCUUGAACCUAAUUGAUAGAACCAAUGUUAGCAACGCUCGGUUACAAGGUUUUGAGCAAGACCUGCACCUGCAUGGGGCACAAUACGCCACGACUUUGUCCAUCCUAUUUGUUGGAUACAACCUCAUGCAAGUGCCAGCGAACAUGUUCAUGCACUGGCUGGAGAGACCUUCUAUCAUCAUUCCGUGCUGUAUGUUACUAUGGGGUACAAUAUCAGUAUUGUCAGUUACUGCUGGAAUUCUUGUCGCUCGCUUCUUUCUUGGCUUUGCCGAAGCACCCUGUUUCCCCGGCAUUGUAUUUCUUGUAUCUAAAUGGUACAAGCGAGACGAGAUCGCCUCGAGACUAGCUCUCUUUACUUCUGGAACUUUUCUCAGCUUCUGCAUUCGGAUCCCUGGUAUACUUGGUCAAGCUGCAUGGAGAUGGUUAUUUUAUAUUGAAGGCGGCGCCACCAUCUUGGUCGCAAUUUGCGCGAUUUUCAUACUCCCUGAUUUCCCUCACAACACCAGGUGGAUCACCCCAGAGGAAAGAGCGCUUGCUAUCUCUCGCCUUGCAGAGGAUGCCCAUGCUGGAGCAGACGAGCUUGGGAAGCGGACGACCGUGCAAGGACUGCGGGAUGCUGUGUCUGACUGGAAGGUGUGGUUGUUUUCAAUCGCGGCCAUUUUCCAGGUAGUAGGGCAGUCUUUCUUCGCUUACUUCCCAACGCUGUGCGCGACACUGGGAUAUGACACGACUAUAACGUUGCUGCUUUGUGCUCCUCCGUGGUUGUUGGCGGGUAUAAUCUCAUUUUUUCUUACAUGGUACUCCGAUAAGAAACAGGGGCGUUACAAAUGCUUUGUUGUCUCCAAUGCACUUGGCGCCCUUGCAUUCAUUAUAUCGAUCUUUACGAUGGAUAUCGCUGCGCGCUAUAUUUCACUGUUUUUGAUGGCUCAAGUCUUCGUUGGAUACCUGGUGCUCUUAGGGUGGAUCAGCAACACUUUCGCCAGGGAACCUGCGAAGCGCGCCGUUGCUAUUGCCCUGAUGAACACACUAGCGCAGACAGGCAAUAUUAUCGGAUCGUAUAUAUGGCCGUCGAAAUGGGGCCCGACAUAUCGUUAUUCCUACGCUAUCUGCAUCGCUGCACUUGGAAUUUCGACAUGCAUGUUUGGUGGUUUGUAUUGGUAUUUGAAGCAUUGGAAUGAGCAGGUUGAGAGGGAUGAGCAGGAUGUGAAAGAUAUCAAUGGGCUUCGCAGUCCGAUUGGUUUUAGAUAUCGGUUGUAG